ACAUUGUACACGAAAGAAAAAGAUAUCUGAUGAAACCAUUUAAAAGUUGAGCUUACUAUAUUGGUAUCCUUGAUUAAAGUCGCCUUAGAUAUUAGAAGUUGUAUAUUUAAUUGACUAAGAAUCUUGCACAUUGUACCUUUGGCCAACAUGGCGGCUUCAUUGGGUCGGGUUUGUAAAUUCGGUCUUUUGAAAUCGAAUUAUGGAACAUUAUUUAACCAGCAGGUACAUAAUUUCUCUACUGCAAACCAAUGGUCUAAAGGUAGAAAAGUGCUGUUAGCAUGUUUAGGAGUAACAGCUGGAGGUAUUAGUGCAUUAAUUUAUGCUUUGGAUCAAUCUGUAAAAGCUUUUGAUCAGGUGGCACAUGCACCAACGUACAAAUGGGGUUUCUAUGGAAUGUUUUCUUCACUAGAUCAUAAGAGUCUCCGACGAGGUUGGGAAGUAUAUAAAAAUGUAUGUUCAGCCUGUCAUAGUCUACAAUUUAUGGCUUUUCGCCAUCUUGUGGGUGUUACACAUACAGAAGAAGAAGUAAAAGCUAUUGCAGAAGAAUAUCAGGUUCAAGAUGGUCCUGAUGAUACAGGAGCUUAUUUCAUGCGUCCUGGUAAAUUAUCUGAUACAAUACCAUCUCCAUAUCCAAAUGAAGAAGCUGCUAGAGCAGCAAAUAAUGGUGCUUAUCCACCAGACCUAACAUACAUUGUUAAUGCAUCACAUAAUGGAGAGAAUUAUAUAUUUUCAUUGUUAACUGGGUACUGUGAUGCACCAGCUGGCCUUACUAUGAGAGAGGGUCAAUAUUUCAAUCCUUACUUUGUUAAUGGAGCUGUUGGUAUGCCACAAAUUAUCUAUGAUGAAGUGGUAGAAUAUACAGAUGGCACUCCUGCAAGUGCUUCUCAAGUAGCAAAAGAUGUUGUUGAAUUUCUUAUGUGGACAUCAAAUUCUGAAUUUGAUGAAAGAAAGAAAAUGACUAUUAAGGUCAUUGGUUUGGGUGCAAUAGCAUUACCACUGGUCGUAUAUUGGAAGAAACUAAAAUGGUCAACUGUGAAAAAUACUAAAAUACUUUUCACUCCGAGAUAUAAACGACAGUAAUACUUUCACCUAUAAAGCUAUAUUAGCUCGACGAAAAUAAUCCGACGAUGUUAGGUUCGAAUAUUGGAAUGUAGUUUUAUACCUUGUUUGAACGUUGCAAAAACAUAAUUGCACGGAACUGUAAACGUUUAUUUAAUACGUCAAUUGCCUUGUACAUAUAACUACAAUCAAUGUCAUCGUCAGAUUGAAAUAAAUUGUUAAACUUA